AGCCGCACUACUGUGAAUAUCUCUAUGCUCAUUGCCAGGACUGUCGAGUGUGCAAAGGAGGGAGAGAGAGAGAGCGACACAGAGAGAGAGAGGGAGAGAGACAGAGAGAGCGAGGAGGAGAGGUGGAGGGAAUACAGUUGGGUUUGGAUACAACUGGAAAACUACCAAGCGCGCACAGCACGCACCGAGCGGAAGGCACAUCGACGGUGCGUAGCCAACAUCUCACCUACUCCCCGUCCGCUGCGAUCGGAUCCAGGCGAGAAUGGAGCUCCCUGCCGCCGGAGAGCACGUCUUUGCGGUGGAGGGCAUCGAAAAGAAGCGCAUCCGCAAGGGCAAAAUAGAGUACCUGGUCAAGUGGCGAGGCUGGUCUCCCAAAUACAACACAUGGGAACCAGAGGAAAACAUCCUUGACCCGCGCCUCCUCGUCGCGUUUCAACACAGAGAGAGACAGGAGCAGCUGAUGGGAUAUCGCAAACGGGGACCAAAACCAAAACAUCUUUUACUGCAGGUUCCCUCAUUUGCCCGGAGAUCCAGUAUCCCUGCAGGUUUUGAGGAGACAUGUCAGGAUGCAGAAGGUGGCCUCAAGUCAGAUCCUGUCCAAGUCCAGCGCUCCCAGCCUCAGCAGUAUCAGCUGAACAGCAAGAAGCACCAUCAGUACCAGCCCAGCAGCCAGGAGGUUCCUGCUGACCAGCUAACCAACGGCAAAAAGAAGUUCAUCUACCAGCUAAACAGCAAGAAGCACCACCACUACGAGCCUGACCCGAAUAUGUUUGAUACACAGGCCUCCAGGCUCAAAGAGGUGGUCAAAGUUCAGGAAUCAGCCUGUAAACCAGCAAAUCCUGGCUGGAACUUACCACUGGCACUGCAGCAGAAAUGGGUUCGUGACAAAGACACAGGAUGCUUGAGCAAAGUCAAAGAGUUGGCAGUGGAGGUGAGGAAACCAGCUGUUAAAGAGGCUGAGAGCGAACAUGCCCUUAAACCCAAUCCUAAAGAUGCAACACUGCCUAGCGCUAUUAGCAGCAAAAUGAAGAUAAUCAAGAACAAAAACAAGAACGGACGCAUUGUCAUUGUCAUGAGCAAAUAUAUGGAUAGUAACAAGGUUCAUGGAGCGAAGGGUAAACACGGGGAAUCAUCAAGCGAAGACAAACCACAAAACACCAAACCAUCAGAGAACAAUCCAGCACACAGAACCAAAAUGGCGGAGCACCCGGAGAAUGGUAUCCCCAAAGAGAUCUGUAACGGCAGCUCGCUUCCUGCCGCAGAACAUCCUAUAAAGUGUUCCCCAAAGGACAGACAUUUCUCCAAACCAUCGCCAAGCACAGCAGAGGAAUACAACACUGAGGUAGCUCGGGGUCAGGCUGAUUUGCCGGAUGAUCUCCCGCUACAGCUGACUGCUAGCUCACCCCUGAUGUCCUGGGCUGUUGACACCAACAUCCCGACCCCUACAGCCGUCGACCAGAUCAGGAUCCCUUCCUUUCCCAACGACCGCAAGCGCAAGCUCUCAGAACCUGUGGAGGAUAGGAGUGUUUCUAAAACCUACCUGACCUCCAGAAGCUUCAGUGUGCCCAGCACAGUAGUCACGCCACCUCAGGACAAACCCAUGGACCUCCAGUGUAGUGGCCGGCGUGCCAGCAGUGCAUGCACCUAUGAGGUUAUGGACCCUGGUAGCCAAGAAGAGCCGAUGGAUCUGAGCUGCCCAAAGACUAAGAGGCAGGUGGAGCCAGAAAUACAGCCAGAGCCGGCACCAGAGCCUGAGCCUGCUGUCAGAGAUACUCCUCCCAUUACAGAGGACACACAGAAAUCAACAGAGAAAUCUAAAGAAGCACCUGUUAAAAAAAUCUCCCCUUUUAUGGGAAAUAUCAUCAUCACCGAUAUCACAACAAACAGUCUUACCGUCACCUUCAAGGAAUAUGUUUCUUUCUAAGGAACUCUUUGUAAAAAAAAUGGGACUACCAGUGACCAAUUGGAUGAUCCUGUCAAUAUGUGCAUAUGUAAAAACAUCAGAAUUUUGUAUAUACGGAAAUUUAUAAUUUAUCAUUCAAAUUCAAUAUGUUUCUUAUAAUGUUUUAUACUGUAACUCCUCUGUGACGUUGUAGCCAAGAAAGUGCCCUCGAGGAUUUGAGUGAAUGCAUUCAUGUGGAUGUAUUCCACACACACACAAAAAAAAAAAAAUCAGUUUAUUUGUCAUAUGGAGCUUAAUGGGAUACUUUUUGCUGUUGUUUCAUACCUGUACCAAACUUAUAACCUGAGAUGUAUGAAGGUUUAUACGUAUUUUGUAUGAAUAAUAUCUCUUAUUUUGGUCCUGAUAGAAGGUAGAGAGAAACUUGUUGACUCUAUGGUGAUCUAAGAUCAAAUUGAAAGCACUUACAUUUUUAUAUGUUAAUUUGUGUCAUGUACCUUCGUUAAUGGAGAUGGUCUCUUUAAGUCUUAUUUCAAUUUUUUUUUUUUUAUUUUACUCCAGACAUGUACACUCAGUCUGACUUGGCAUAUUUUGUUACAUGCUUUGUUUAUGGAGAAAAAUAAUGAGCCAUGACAUGCAAAUUUAAAAAGCAGGUGUGUCUGAACAGAGUGUAAACACAGUAGUGACAACUGUGGGAUGCGCUCGGCUAUGUCAAAAACCUUAAGCAACGUCUCAGCUUUUUAUGUUGUCUUUGGGGGUUUUUUUUUCUUGCCGUUGAGAUGCAGAAAAAGUCAUCAGUGGAUCUGACAUUACAAUCCAGUCUGUUACGAUACUGCACACUUCCUCUUAAGCAAACAUUUGUGGAACAAAAUCUGACAUGUAUUUUCUCAAAGGUCAAACCCAUUAAGAAAAUGAUGUCAUUUAUCAAACAUGUGACUUCCCGUGUAGAUGACGUAUUGAUUAUUACCAUAAUAAGGUUGUGGUUUAUUACCUUGUUGACCUCACAUAUUGCUGGAGUUACUUUAAAAUAUCUGCUAGUCUUGUUAGGAUUCUCCUAAUGUUACACAGAUUAACAAUAUUCAUCUCAUUUUGCUAUGGAACCUCAUCAUGUGGUCUGAAGAAUACACAUGACUGCUAUGUUUUAGAAGAAGCUGCCAGAGUCAUUGACGAGUAUGUUAUAGUUACAGAUUCAAUGUGAGUUGCUGUUACAUGCAAUCCAGUGAGUGCAAGCUGUUUUGAUUAUGCUGCUGAAAAUUCAAAUGUCAAAGCUGUUGGCUGUAACCUACAUUUGAGUCCAAAUUGCCUUCUACGCACAGUAAAUGCAAAACCAGUAAGAAUGCUAAAGUGCAAGAAUAAUAAAAAAUGAAGAGUGCAUAUUUAUUGACAUUUAAUUUGUUUUUCAAAACCAUUACAAGAUGUUCUCUGUAUCCGAAGCUACAAGUGAUUCCAUAGAACAGGUUGUCCUCUACUUUUUGUUUUCGUCUCUUUUGCUAACUCUCUCUCUUGCACUUGGUUCAAAGUCAAAAUGAUUGUUAUAAAGUAUGUUCUACCAGGAGCUGGUUGACUUAUUUCUGUUGGCACAGCGUAUUGGAUGGUAUGUUUCACAAUAAAGAAAGAGAUUUGACCUCUGAUAUUUUGCUGCGUUGACACUAGGUGGGAGCAAACUGGGCGUUUCGUGUGUUGACAUAUUGAAUUUCUUCUUCAUGUUUUUUU